AUGCACAAUCCUUCUUCAGACAUGUACAUGUAUCCAUUUCGUGAUCUUCUUAUUCUUCCGGGGAUUACAUUUGAGCUUGUGCGGCUACUUAGCACAUUCAUUGCACUCAGGGUUGUUACAGUCCUGGGUAGUGCUGUCUGCCAAUCAACAUGGCAGCGGAGCUUUGGUUUGGCUGCUUCGCUUGAGCCUUCGAUCCAGGGCGGUAUACAGCACGACGUGAACUACGAGUACGAGUCCAUGGACAGCAACAAGGAUGAUGAGAAACGUGUUCCACAGUUCAGUGGCAAGCUUGAUGAGUACAGAGAUUACCGAAAGCGAGCCCUUCUUUAUUUCAAUGGUCUAGAGGACAGCAAGCAGAAUCUUGCAGCCCCCCGUUUGAUCGCAAACUUGGGUGGGGCCGCCUUUGAGUGCUUUCGCGAACGGGACCCCGCCGAAUUUCGGAAUACACGUGGAGUGGCGCAGUUGCUUGCAGUCCUCGAUGAGAGGUUCCAGUUUACACCGGAGCAAGAGUUAUCGGACAAGCUUGAGGACUUGCUCUUUAGGCUUCGCCGCCGCCGUGGCGAAGAGUCAACUUCCUUUGUGACGAGGUUUGAGACAUCACUUGCAAAAGUAGAAGAGUUGAUCACGGAGGAACAGCGGGCUGAGCGUAGGCGACAGGCAGAUUUGCAACGAUCAGAGUACAGAAGAGCGAGUCUGGACUACAUGGUCGCCCGACGUCAGCAUGAACUCACGGUGGCGGGAUUAGCCACGGGGCAAGAGCCUCCUGCAGAGCCGAUCGCACCGGCACCUCCAGCAGACCUUCCUCAACUACAACCUUUCCGAUUCCCAGAAGUGGUCAAAGGUUUCAUCUUUCUCAGGCACAUCGGCAUUUCAUUGCAGACCCGAGCAUCGCUACUAAGGUCAAGUGGUGGCUCCUUGCGCUACGACAGAGUGUCGGAUCUGCUUAGGCGGACAGAGCUAGAUGCUUUGGUGGCCAGCCGAGCGCAGGCGACCAGUCAUGGCCAUGGUUUCUUCGCCGAUGCACCUGAGGACGAAGAUCCCUUUGAAGAGUCAGAGGGAGAUGAACUUGAAGAAGACUAUGAUGAUGAUGAUGAAUAUGGCGCCUUCGCUGAGGGUGAGGAAACGGAACUCACCGAGGAGGAUGCUGUUGAAGAUGAGGAUGGCGAUGAAUAUAGCGUGGCAAUGAUGGGCUAUCUUGAAGCCCACAAGAGACUCUUGAACCUUAAGAAGGCACGAGGCUUCAAGGAGCCUGUGGAUGGACACGCCAGUGGAAAAGGGGGCCACGGCGGAACCGAACGAGACCGACGAGAACAUCGCGAUCGAGACCGUGGCCGUACCACUACGCCAUCACGCAGGCCAGAUUUCAGCUGGAGGGACAAGGAGCAACGACGAUCCUCACAGAAGUCCUAUGCCGGGCGCCGGCCUCGCACACCACCUCCAACACGAGGGAGCGGACUCAAGGGAGGUGGCAAGACCAAGACCAAGAACAAAGGCAAGGGGCAUCGAGCUUCAAGCAGUUCCCGCCGAGGCGAGCCAGCUGGAUCACAGUACUUGGGGAUGGCGAUUUCGGAGCCCAAGGUGGAGUUGGACUUUCGCCCCGAGUUCAGCUACAUGGCGUAUGCGACGGCGGCGACAUCAACAUCCACCUCAUCCGCGAGGCCACGCACGAGUCAGGAGUUUUCUUAUGUGUCUCGGCAGUCCUUCAGCCAUCUGGAAAGUUUCGUUGAAGAGUGUUUGACUUUGGAUAGACUUAUGGGUUUGGAACCGGCGAUUCCCGAAAAUGCAGAAUCAUGCUGUCUGGUUACCCCGCCUGGUUAUGCGAUCCUAGAUACGGGAUGCACGUCCACUUUAGUGGGUGAUGAGAAUGAGCGCCUAUGGAGCGCUGAGCUUGAGAGGAAAACCGGUGGGGCACUAAAACCAGAACAGGGAGAUUCGGAUGUCAAGUUUGAAGGCAUAAAUGGAGAGACUAGGGCUUCAUACAGGGUGAAAUACCCGGUGAGGAUUGGCCCUAGGGAUGGUUUCAUCCAGGCAGCGGUGAUUCCAGGAAAGGCACCUUUCCUCCUGUCUAUCCAGGCCCUUAGGGCGAUGCGCGCCAAGCUGGAUUGCGAACAUGAUGUACUUGAGGUCCCCGGUAUCGGGAAGGUGCCACUGGAAACCAACGCUGUAGGACAUUACCUGCUGCCUCUCCUCGACUUUUCCUCGGGACACGCCUUCGCCUCAGCUGAGGCGGGGCUUGGUCCGGACAGCGAGCUGGUCAUAGACGAAGCUGUUUCAAGGUCUGAUGGGUAUGCCAUUGGGGCCCUCGUUAGGCUGGCAAAGGUGAAAGCAGCACAGAUUGGGUAUCGAUCCAAAGUUUUCCGGAGACCUCCUGCGCGCUUGGAGCGUGCAUGGGUGCUGGUCAUGACGAAUGUUGUUGUUGAGCGCACCUCUGAGCAUCAGCAGUGUAGCGAGUCAUUUGAGGCUUUCGGGAAUGCGACGGGGAACACCUUCCAUUGCAGCCAUUGCCGAUUGAAGUGCAGGGAAUGCAAAGGGAGAGUUGCCAGAGUUGUGAAAGCCACUGGAGAGAUCCAGUACAGCCAUCGCAGGGAUUGUGCAGUAACGCCCAUUCCAGGGCCAUCUGCCUUCUCGCUCCUCGCAGACGGGGAUUUGGUGCAGGUCGAAGGGGCCCCCGAAACCAUCGACAAGGGAGGCCUCAUCACGUAUCCGUUCAGUGUGAGACGGGUUGCCAUGCUCCCCAGCAAGCUGGAGCAGUUGAAGGAGAACGACCGCAGAGCUUCCGAAUUUUCUCAGGAGACAGUGAAUCAGAAGCCAGCCGAGCAGGAGAUCAAGACAUUGAAGACGAGUGGAGCCUUGACUGGAGCCACCUCGACAGGCUACCCUGUCGGGCAUCCGCAUCCCAAGGUUCCACAGCCUGCAGCUGCUGCGGCGUCGGGCUCUCCAGAGCUGGGCGCAGUCAUGACUGCCGUCCGGGAGAUGUUGGCCAAGGAGUACGCGGCAAUCCCGCAGAAGCCGGAUGUCACGAUGAGUGGCGAAAGCAGCAUCGUGGCGCAGAUCAUGGAACUGGAGGGGCAGGCAAUGGAGUUGAUGACACGGGCAGCCCACCUGCGGCAGCAGAUCGGCAUGCCAGUCAAUCGGUUCCUAGCGGGGCCCACAGCUCAGGCUACGAGCCAAGGGUCAACACCGAGCUCCCAGUGGCCAGGAGUAAGCAGCACAGCAGUGUCCGAUCCAGAUGCCUCCGAUGCUUGGGAG